CCUCCUGAGUGCUGGGAGUACAGGCGUGCACCACCACGCCCAGCUUCCACAUCCCUUCUCUAUCCCGCGCCGCCGCUCGGCGUCAAGCACAUGCGCACACGCACACACUCGCUCUCGCCCCGCCUCCCCCGGCAGGCUCCCUGCGGUGCGUCUCUUCCGGCCGGGGCGUGGCGUGGCGUGAGGGGGCGCGGCUCCGAUUGGGGGCGGGGCCCUGCUGAAGGGGCGUGACUCGAGGGGCGUGUCCCGGUACAGGGGCGUGUCCAGGCCGCGCGGCUGGCCGCGUUGGACGAGCGUCCGGCCCGGCGCCGGCCAUGCUCAUCACGCUGUGCUACCUGUACCUGUGGGCGCGCUGGGGACACCGGCCGGCCGCGCUCGUGCGGUCCACGGUGCGGCGGCUGUCCAUUGACAACCUGAACAAAUGGGUCCUGUUUCUGGUCUCUCCCUUUGUGCUUGAAGCAGAGCACAUUGCAUUUGUGACAGAAAGCAUUUGGGUACAAGGUGACAGUUUACAGAGACCAUCAUCUACUGAAACGCUCGUCAAGUGGUCGGACUGCUGUCUGCCACUGGCUUGCCGGCCAGGGGAUCCCUACCAGUUAAUUGCGGAGGCGAGUGUGGACGACUUCAGCAGGCUGGGGGCGGCGUUCAUGGAGGACAGGCUCCAGAUGGAGAACGGGCUGGUGCCGCAGAAGAUCGUUUCGGUGCACUUGCAGGCCUCCGCUCUGCAGGAGCUCGCAGACCCGACCUCCAGCGGCCGAGCCCCAGCCCUGCCGCCCAUCACUGAGCCCGCCCCAGAGAUGGAGCCUGCACAGAACGGCAAAGGUGGCUUGGAGGCCUCGGGGGACGGCUCCCCCAAGCUGAGCAGUGAGCCCGCCGGCGACAGCGAUCCUGCUGGGGACAGCGAUCCUGCUGGGGACAGCGAGCCUGCUGGGGACAGCAAGCCCGCCGGCGACAGUGAGCCCGCCGGGGACAGCGAGCCCCACGGCCCCGCCGAGCACAGACACCUGCACCUGUCCAGCUGCCAUGAGUGUUUGGAGCUGGAGAGCAGCACCAUCGAGUCGGUGAAGUUUGCGUCUGCCGAGGACAUCCCUGAGCUCCCCUACGAUGCCAGCGGCGGUCCGCAGGGCACCUCCGAUGGUCUGGGCCCCGGAAGGGAAGGCAGGAGAGGCAACGCCAUGGGGAAGGCUCCUAACAUCCUCCUCUACGUGGGCUCGGGCUCCCGGGAUGCCCCCAACCGGCUGCAGCAGGUCCGGGCCCUCCUGGCCGACUGCGUGGACACCGACAGCUACAUCCUGUACCCACUGCCGGAGGACAGCGCUCGCAGGGACCCAUGGCCAGACCACUGCCUGCUGUUGGUCAUUGCCGCCAGGGAGCCCAUCCCUGAGGACGUGCACCGGAAGUUCACCGCCUACCUCGCCCAGGGCGGGAAGGUGCUGAGCCUGUCGUCCAGCUUCCUGCUCGGGGGCAUGCGGGUGACCAGCAAGGCUGCGCUGCAGGGCACCGUGCAGAGCCUGGUGUUCUCCAAGGCUGGCCGGGGCGACGUGAGGCUCAGCGUGCUGAGCAGUGGCUGUGUCUACGAAGAGGGCCCCGGGGAGCCGCUCGGCCCUGGCAGGCUGCAGGGCCACCUGGAGAACGAGGACAAGGACAGGGUGAUCGUGCAAGUGCCUUUCGGGGCCCGUGGAGGGGAAGCCGUUCUCUGCCAGGCGCACUUAGAACUACCUCCCAGUUCCUCUGUAGUACAAACCCAAGAAGAAUUUAACUUGCUCAAGUCAAGCAACAUGAGUCGGCAUGAAGUCCUUAAGGAGAUCUUGGCCACUCUGGGCCUAAGCUGCGGUGCCCGACAAGCUCCUGCCUUAACACCUCUGCACUUGCUGAUGGCUGCCAAGGAAAUCCGGGAUCCAUUUAUGCAGUGGCUGGGGAGACGUGUGGAUGCUGAAGGAGUAAUAAAAUCCAGCAAGCUCUCCCUUAAGUUCGUUUCAUCUUACACACCGGAAGUGGAAAUCACCCCGUCUUCUGUACCUGUGGUCACCGAUGCAGAGGCCUUCUCAUCAGAACACUUUAACUUAGAGAUCUAUGGGCAGAAUCUGCAGACCAGACACCUCGGGAAGAUAGUCCUGUUUGCUGAAGUGACCACCACGACCAUGAGUCUUCUGGAUGGGUUGAUGUUUGAGAUGCCGCAGGAAAUGGGUUUAAUAGCCAUCGCAGUCCGGCAGACUCAGGGCAGAGGGCGGGGGCCAAAUGCAUGGCUGAGCCCCUUGGGAUGUGCCCUUUCUACGGUGCUGCUGUCCAUCCCCCUGCGGUCCCAGCUGGGACAGAGGAUCCCGUUCAUCCAGCACCUGAUGUCCCUGGCCGUGGUGGAGGCGGUGCGGUCCAUUCCUGCGUAUCAGGAUAUCAACUUACGGGUGAAGUGGCCCAAUGACAUAUAUUACAGUGACCUCAUGAAGAUCGGUGGAGUUCUGGUUAACUCAACGCUUAUGGGAGAGACGUUCUACAUACUUGUCGGCUUUGGGUGUAACGUGACUAACAGUAACCCUACCAUCUGCAUCAAUGACCUCAUCGAAGAGCACAACAAGCAACAUGGGGCAGACCUGAAGCCCUUACGAGCUGAUUAUGUCAUUGCCAGGGCUGUGACGGUGCUGGAGAGACUCAUCGACACGUUUCAGGACCAAGGGCCCAACGGCGUCCUGCCCCUGUACUAUAAAUACUGGGUACACAGCGGCCAGCAGGUCCGUCUGGGCAGUGCUGAGGGCCCGAAGGUGUGGAUCGUGGGCCUCGACGAUUCCGGGUACCUGCAGGUCCUCCAGGACGGCGGCGAGGUGGUGACUGUGCACCCCGACGGCAACUCCUUCGACAUGCUGCGCAACCUCAUCCUGCCCAAGCGGCGGUAGCGGGCCGGGCGGGUGGGGGCCGGGACUGCAGGGCCUCGAGCAUUCCGACCGCCCGUCGCCUCCGCUGGGACCUGACAGCUAGCGUGGAGUCGAGGGUGACUUCCCUCCCUCAAUUCAUUUGUUAGCUCUCAUUUUUUUCUAUUUUCCUGGUUCUUAACAGUUUUGUUGUUUUACUGCUAUCUGAAGAUGCUUCCAGAUGGCGGGUCGGCAGGUGAAAGGUUUAGUUUAGGGGAAGCCCACAUCGUUGUGAAAUCACCCCCUCCCUUUGGACUUGGAUUUGGGUUUAUUAGGAAAAAUUUUUUUUUUUACACGGAAACAUCACUGGUAUCAUUCAAAUGAUUUUCUGGUGGUGGAGGCCUUUCAACCCUAAGCUAUGGAAAAGCACGACAGAAGCGCUCUGGUGCCGGCCGCUGGUGAGCUGGGUGUUUGAAGCAUCCAGGGCGGGAUUCCUGGCGGACAGGCCGGCUGUGUUAGCCGGGGGAGGAGGCCCUCGCUCGCUCCCUUGCUCCGAGGACACCCACUGGUCUGUGUGUGUGACGUGGUCUCCGGCCUCUCCUUCCUGAGCUCAGCUUACUGCGUCCCUGAAGACGUGGCCAACGAGUCCAAGACCCUUCGGGUGCAGGAGGAGCAGCUCGGGGCAGCAGUGGGUCCAGCUCUGCCAGUUGGAGGCAAAGGUGCUUUGUGCCGCACUCAGAGGGACAUCAGGAGCUCUGAAGGAAGUUUCCGGCUCACUGCAAAAUACAGAGCCUUCCUUCCUGCAAGACUGCGCAUGCUCAGAGGGUAGACUACAUGGCAUAGUACUUUUGGUGGUUGUUUUUGAGACAGGGUCUCUCCCCCGCAUAUAUAUAUAGUUCAGGUGGACCUUAUAUUCACUGUGUAGCCCAGGCUGGCCUCAAACUCACAGAGAUCCUCCUGCUUCAGCCUCCCAAGUAAUCCUAGCCUCCUGGCAUUACGGGCUUGGCCCACCACACCUGGCACCAUGGCCUUGGCUUUGCAAGUCCUAAUUUUUUGCUCUCUCUUUCCAUCUGUGGCCAAGAAAGUAAAUGACACUGAUACUGAAAACCAUCAGUCUGGAGGAAGAGUGUAUAUGUGUGCAUGCAUGCCUGUGCGCAGCUUUUAAAGAAGACAGAUCUGAUGUCCCAAAAGUCUCCUUGGCAGAACAGAGAAAAGGAACCCUUGAUGUGUUUGCCAUUUCCGCGUGCACGCCGUGCUUUUCCCACGCAGCUCCUAUCUCCCGAGCUCAGGGGUCACACCCACCCCUUUCUAGCCCCAAAAGGCCGAUUUGCGUUUACUCUUCUCCCUUCCUGCCAGUCCCCGCUGAAGUCAGUGGAAAGAGCUCCACGCAGCCCUCAGCUUUGCACAGAACCCCCUCAUUGUAAACUAGCGCCAUCCUCUUGCAGGCCUCGCGCAGCCAGGCCAGUUCCAAAAACGUGUGGUUUUCGGUGUAAAGUCUGUCCUCCUGGGCCAGGCGCAGGCAGCCCCACAGGAAGAACAAAACACUGUGUUUAGUUAAGUACACCAACCCAAUCUGUGUUUUUUGGAAAUGUAACUGUAACAGGACUUCAGAAGUCAUUUUUGCAAAUAAGGGUUUCAUUAGGAUUAUUUUUCUUAAGAAAUCACUCUCUCUCAAAUGGCCAGGUCUUCUGGAAUUAAUGACAAGUUUAAGCAAAAGUCCACACUGCCCAGAUGACAAAACCAACUCACCCUUGAGAGGUGCCUGUGGGCGUUGUCAGGUUGAGCUCUGCCGGCCAGCGCCGCAGUUUCGUUUUGGAGUUCGGUGCAGAAGGCAGGUCAUCUCUCAGAGCUGCCGUGGUUGUUUUUUUGAAUUUCUUUGGGGAAUUAUUUAAUGAAAAACAUACUGUGUUUUGUUUUAAGGUGAAAGCUUAUUCUAGAUAGUUCUGCUUUGGGGAAAACACGUUAUCAUUUAAUUUCCUUUCUGUAAAUUAAAACUGAUGAAGUGUGGCCGUGUCAAAGCACCCUGAGAUGUCCCGUGCGUGCCACUUGGCCCCUCAAAGUGAGCUUUUGAGGGGUGUGCAGGACAGCCAGUCGUCUUGGGGGAGACAAAAAUAGGCCGCGCUAUGCAUAAACCUGGUUUUGCCUCACAUGAACCAAAGACUCUUGAAAUUUUGCUUUACAGAGAAAAUGAAGGCAUUUUAUGGCUAGAGCUGCAGAACUCUGUCUGCUACUCUGGACUCAACAACUAGGGUGUUUGUGCACUCAGGAAUUUUAAUAUCUUCACGGAAACUUUACAUUUUCUUGUCAUCUUUAAAACAGGGCCACUAACCUCAGGAUCACCGCAAGCGUUUACAACAUGGAUUAUUAUUCCCCAGUUCAAAGUGCAUUAAAAGUUUGAUGUGGAGGUGCACACCUGUAAUGCCAGCAUUUAGGAGGCAGAGGCAGGAGGAUUGCUCCAAGUUCAAGGGCAUCCUGAGCUCAUAAUGCAACCUGUCUCAAAAAAAAAAAAAAAAAAAAAAAAAAACAAAAAAAAAAAAAAAAAAAAAAAAAGUGCGUUGAGCAUCUACCAUGUUUUGUUGGAAGGCAAGAUACCCGGUUCUAGAGUCAGAGGGCAGUGACCUGUGCAUAGGACACAGUAGGAACGGGGUUCCCGUGGCCUGCUGGAGAAGCUCGGGAGGGCUGGCAGGGCAUGCUGGAGGCACAGCAGGAAGGACCUGUGCCCAGCGGGUGACACUGCAGCGCACUAAUGGGACCUGACUUGGGAACAGGGGGGCCCUCUGAGGCCUGGCGGAGACCCAGGUGGGGAGCCUGGAGGCCGGGACCACAGCCUCCGGGAGCCCCCAGCGUCGCUGUGGGCCCCUGCCCUGUUGUGGCUGCGCCACGUCCACGGCAGGACAGGAGCUCGUGUCCCUGGUCGUCACUGUGCAUCUUAGAAAGAGUCAGCCUUUGCUUUUCUCUCCAGCUUGUCAGAGUCAUUUCUGAAAAGAAUCACUUUAAACCAAUGCCUAUAAAGAGCAAGUCUACCAAAAUAAACUUAAAGCUCUCUCUGUG